AUGACAACUUCUUUUACCGGUGUCCAUACAGCCAAACAUGUGUGUUCCAUUUCACGUUUCGCGACUUGGAAACUAACAUACCGUUAUGCGAGUUCCCACGAACCAAGAGGCUUCAGCACUCUAGCAGAAGUACAUACAGUACGAGUAUUGUAUUGUAGCUGCUUGUACUCCUACUUGUGUUUGUAA